GUGUUGAGUAGGUAACUUAAUACUUAAUUCUAUUUCCAUUAAAUCAUUACCCAAGUAGCCUGUGCCUAUAUAGCAGUCAUCUCUAGAGCGAUUUCACCAUCUUUCGUGUCUCAUUUAGCUAAGACAUAAUAUCCUAGCCGAUCCCAUCGUGAUGUUGAUCUGAAAUGGUGGGCUGCUUUUUCUUAGUUGAUUGGUCCCACACGGAAUUGUCCUUGGGGGCCAAGUCCGCAUGACUUUUUCGGUAUCGAGGCUGUAGAGUCGAGGGGGGCGAAUUGAGGCGCAAUGUGGAAAAAUAUGUAAUUGAAGGCUCCUAUAGAUCAAGGUAAGAAUAUAUAGAUGAACCUAGUAUUGAAUUUUAAAGGCAUUCUCAUUCGAGUUAUAUGGCUUCCAAUACUCGAAGCUAUUGAUUUCGCGUUCGAGAGAAAUUUAUCAUUCUUACCGUGGGGUAGAAUCUACCUAGGUACUCAAGCAUGGCGCCACCAAAGCCAUAUUUCCUCCUCUCUGAGUUCGCUACACAAGACAAAGUCUACAAACUCCUAGGCCGAGCAGUACCGUUCGAUUCCGAAAGUCCAAACGACGAUAAUAAUCCGUUAAAACGGCCUACGGAAGGACAUAUUUAUCCAGAGCUACCCCCCAAGGGACCCGAUUUGCGCCAGUUAGACAAAUACCUCUAUCCACAAGAAGUAACAGCAAAACAAGCAAGCACGCUUCUCGCUAGCGCCCACUCAAGCGAAACGAAAGUAGCCAUUAACAAGGCCAUUUCAUUCCUGCGCUCCACUGAGACAUCAAAUGAGCGUACAGCGUCGAUCCCAGUAUUCCGACGCUUUACUAUCGACGAGGCACCCCGUCGAAUCAAAGAGUUGCUAAAACAUCCCGAAUAUUCAAGAGAUAUCUUCGAAUACUUUACCAAAUUUCCAAAUGGGAAACUCGGAAUUAUCAAUAGCAUCAUCUGUGUCGGGAAUAUGAGUCUCAAUGACCAACAUAACCAGUCGAGCGAGACCAGUGCUCAAGUAGAGGUCCCUAGUGAGGCUUUCGGAGCCCCCCACAAGACAGCCGACAUCAAGACUAAAUUGUCUACAUCGAAGAAUAAGAUAUCGGAGACAGAGGGCACAUAUGAAGGUGAGGUAGUAAUGGCAUGCUCGUACCUACAGAUAACGAGAAUCCGAGAGUCACGACCCUGGUACAUGGCUCUAUUCAAACCCAAGAAGCCCUCUCUGCAUGAUAUCAUCAUCACAAAUGAAAAUGAGAGUAUCCAGCCAAGUACCAUGACUGUCGCUCUUCCUGGAAGAAGGGUUUCGGGCAACCAAGAAGUCAUUCUAGGCGCAAUAGUUAGCACCAGCGAUAAAGCUGUGAAAGCUAUUGACGACAGUAGUGACAGCGAGUCUGAUGAUGAUGAUGGUGAAAUUGAACUGUAUGCAUAGGGUUUAUAUUAGUUGUUAGCUUAGGUACUAGGUGGUGUUACAAUAUUUUGUGUAUUAAAUAGAGAUUCCCCUAUACACUACCUGGGUAGUUCAGUUGUUUAGUAAAGGCACUCGCACACCAUUCAUCAAUUACCACCCAAUGUACUGUAUAGUGUAAGCACCCAACCCUAAUAUACCUCACCUGAUGUAGCGAGAGUAGAUGGAAGUGAAUGUGCAAAAUUAUCCAAAAAUAGAUCGGAUUUUCAAUAUUCUAUUUCGAUCACGGGUUCC